GGACGCUCUGGAGCCUCACCAGGGCUCUGGUACCUUCUCCUCUUUGCUCCAGACCCACUUGGGGCCCAGUGAAGAGACUGGGACUUGGCCCUGCCCUACUGUCCUCCCGCACAGGAGAGGGGGACGGGCUCUGCGAAGGACGGCCCAGUGGGGAGAGGCCACGGGUCUCACCCGGAAGUGCCCUUGGAGGCCGCCUGUGGUUUCCUCGGGACCAUCUGCCAGUGCCCACUCCGGGCCUGCCCACCUCUGGUCGGGAGGCCACAGACCGGGGUGGCUGGGGAGAAAGAGAAGUCACGUGCGGGCCUCCUGCUCCCCACCCUUCCUCUCCCUGAGUGGCUCACAGCAAGGUUUUUUUGUGGUUUGUUUUUUUUUUUUUUUUUUUUUUGGUGGCCCAACUUGGACUUGGGACAGAAGGGGAACCCCAGCCCCCGGCCGGGGAGGAACAGAGGGAGCAGAGCCCGUCCAGCCGGGCAGCGAGGGAAGGCAGUUUCCGAGCCAGCGACCGGGGCCGGAGGACCACGGGCCAGGUUCGCGGGCUCUGGCAGGUGUCGUGCUCUUGGGACUCUGGGCAGUUCUUGGCUCCCCAGACCCUCGUCAUUUCCUUCCGUAGCCUCGGGGGUGACGGGCCCCCUGUGUGGUGGUUAGAAGGGAGAGACUGAGAAAACCAGAGCGGAUGGUUGAGCUGUGGUGGGAGCUGCUGGGACACACCCUUCCUCGGAGACAAGCUAAAGACGCCCCACAUCCACAACGGGGUCAUCGCCGUCUUCCAGCGCAAGGGGCUGCCUGACCAGGAGCUCUUCAGCCUCAACGAAGGCGUCCGGCAACUCCUGAAGACAGAGCUGGGGUCGUUCUUCACCGAGUACCUGCAGAACCAGCUGCUGACGAAAGGCAUGGUGAUCCUGCGGGACAAGAUCCGCUUCUAUGAGGGACAGAAACUGCUGGACUCGCUGGCAGAGACGUGGGACUUCUUCUUCAGUGACGUGCUGCCCACACUGCAGGCCAUCUUCUACCCAGUGCAGGGCAAGGAGCCGUCCGUGCGCCAGCUCGCCCUGCUGCACUUCCGGAACGCCAUCACCCUGAGCGUGAAGCUGGAGGAUGCCCUGGCCCGCACCCAUGCCCGUGUGCCCCCCGCCAUCGUGCAGAUGCUGCUGGUGCUGCAGGGAGUGCAUGAGUCCCGGGGCGUGACCAAGGACUACUUGCGCCUAGAGACACUGAUCCAGAAGGUGGUGUCGCCCUACCUGGGCACCUACGGCCUCUACUCCAGCGAGGGCCCGUUCACGCAUUCCUGCAUCCUGGAGAAGCACUUUUUGCGCCGCUCCCGCUCAGGGGAUGUGCUGGCCAAGAACCCAGUGGUGCGCUCCAAGAGCUACAACACCCCGCUGCUGAACCCCGUGGCCGAGCACGAGGCCGAAGGAGCAGCCGCCGGCGGCCCCGGCAUCCGCAGACACUCCGUCUCGGAGAUGACAUCCUGCCCGGAGCCCCAGGGCUUCUCCGACACACCUGGCCAGGCUCCCCCUGGGGCCUUGAGAUCCUCUGUCGGCCCCCAGUCGGGGCCCUGCCCCAGCAGACUGUACCCCCCUGCCCAGCCCCCCGAGCCUGGCCCAGGCGCGGCCCACCCCUCCCCACCCUCCUCCAGUCCAGAGAACCUGGUGGACCAGAUCUUGGAGUCCGUGGACUCAGAUUCAGAAGGGAUCUUCAUUGACUUUGGCCGGGGCCGGGGCCCGGGCGCAUCGGAGUUUGAGGGGGCCGGGGGUCGGCGGAGCAUCGUGUGAGGGCCUUGCGUUUCUGUUGACCCAUGUGUGCCUGGGGGGUACGUGUGUGCAAGAGUUUUUUUACUCGGUCCCGGCCAGUCGGCUGUGGGUCCCGGCCACUGUGCCAUUCCGGAGUCUUCGUUGGAGAAAGCUUCACCUCCCAAGCCCCUGGCCCUGCUCCUUUCGGGGCACGUGUUGGCCGCUCCAGUGGCCUCAUGUGGGUCACCAGGCGCACCGGUCCGCCCUGUGUGCACGGAGCAGACCUGGCCACCACCCCCAGCCUGCCCCAGCCCGCCAGCGUCCGCACCCACGGAGACAGCGCUGUGGCCCAGCCAGGCUUCCGGAACGAUUCCCAGAGCAAGGGGGGUCGGUAGCAGACCCGCCUUCCCCCUUCCCACUCACCUGAGGCCACAGCAUGUCCUGUGGGCUCCUGUCCCAGACGCUCACACAGGCUGUCCUCACUCGGGGCAGCCACGGGCAGGAAGAGGAUGGAAUAAAGGUGUCUGCCCCAA